AUGCUAGAAGAUGAGACACUUGUCUCCAUAAUUACUUCAUUGCAAAAUAUCCAUAAUUGGAAUAAUAAGCUAAAUUAGAAAAAUCGAAAGAGCUUACGAGGAGGAGGAUGUGGGUCAUCUAUUGAGGAAAAAAAUAUCGAUUCAAUUAUAAAUAGAGAUUAAAACUUAUUAAUUUCCUCAUCAAAACCCCCAAACUUCAUAUCAGAACUAAAUGAUUGUCUAAAUCUUUUAAUUGAAGCAGCUAAAUUGUUUGGUGACACCUCUUAAAAAAACUCUAUCCUAAUGAAAAUUUAAUGGUUUAAUCACAAUAGAGAGCAUUUGAAUUAUUUGUGUAUUGACAGAAGAGAAACAACCAAAAAUUAUGAGUUAAUUUAAUAGAAAUUUGAAAGUUUAUUGACAAUCCUUACAAGUUAUUUAAGAAGCUCAGGGUUUAUUUGUUAUUAAAUUUUAUAAAUAUGUAACGAAUUAUUAAGGAUUCUUUAUGCAUUCUAAUUAGAAAAUCCUAAGAGAUGCUUUGAUAUAUCAGUGCAACAAGAUUACUUAGAAAAGAUAUCAGAAUUUAAUACUUAAUUAGAUAUAGAGUAAGCAAAUGUUUGGAAAACAGGCAUUGAAUUUGAAAUUACAAUUAUGAAGAUUAUGAUAAUGAAUUCUAAAACUAAUUCCACAGAAGGAACAGACUUAUUGAUUAAUUUCUUUAAGGAAGCUGCAAAAUCAAUUGUAUCAUUUUCACCUACUGAUAGUUUACUUUAAACAAUAAUAGAUGGUGGUAAAUAUCUUCUAAAAAGAGGUAUAGAAAAAAAAUUAUAUCCAAAGGAAGUUUAUUAAACUUAUUAUCUAUUCUAAUUAAUGAAAUGGUCUAUUAUAAGAUAGUUAAAAUCAAAAUAUUCAGUUUAUGAAUAAAUAUAGUAACUGAAAAAUAUCUUUUAAUAAUAUAUACUACUUUCGGAGAAUUGGGUUUUACAUUUUAGUUGGAUAUAAAUGAUUACUGAUAUUAUUUCAUAUCGACCAAUUAUUAAUAAAACUACUUUAUUUAAGAAAUUCCCAGAUUAAUAAUUAAAACUAUGGAAUUCUCUAAUAGAAAAUAAUUUAAUUCAUUGUGUUUCAUAUAAUAAAAUUGAAGCAGUUAUGAGUUUAUUUUAAGACUCAUAACAUUAAAUUCAUGAUGUUGACUUAUCAAAUUUAUUGGAAAAUUAUAGCAAAAAAAAGUUUGUUCUAUUUUCAUAAUUUCUCUUAAGAGGAGAUAUUACUCAAAAUGUUAAUAAUUGGGACUAUUACAAAAAAUUUGCAUUUAAAAACUAAAAAGAUAAAACAUAAGAAGACUAUGAACACAUUUUAGCAAAUUAAGAAUAAGAAGUAUUAAAGAAGUUAAUAAACAAUAUUAAAUCUGAGAAAGAUGAGAUAAUUUAAAUUCAUUCCAGAAUUUUACAAUCCUUUUCAAACUAUUUUUAAGAACCCUCUUAAACGUUUAUUAAAAUAUUCUAGGAUGAUAACUAAUUUUCUAUACAGCAAUUCUUAGAAACUUAUAAGAAAUUAAUCUUAUAAACAAAUUAUUUUUAAGAAAUAUCGAAAUUUGAAGCUGCUAAAUUGAAAUUAUUAAAUCCUUACUUUGAUAAAUUUAAGAUGACUGUUGAAUUUUCGAAUAAUAAAUUGUUAAUUAAACUAUAAAAUUUAUAAAAAUAAAUUGAUAGUUUUGUUAAACAAUAACUUAAUGAAUUCAUUAAUAUACUUUUAAAUUACUUUUUAGAUGCUAUCAAAUUUGCAAGUUCUGCAUAAGUUUUCAAUUAAUAUUUAGAGACAUAAUAACAACAAGAUGUCAACAAAAUUAAAAAAUAAUUUGAAAUUUUAAAUUUUUAAGCCAUUUUCACAACCUUCGAAAACUAAUUGGAUUAGUUUAUUAUUAAUUUAAAUACUUUUAAAGAAGAUUUUAUAAAAUUUAUACAGCAGAAAGCAAACCCAGAUAUUAUGGCAAUCAAAAUACCUAAUUAAAAUAUUUUUGAUAUAAUCGAAUAUAGUAUUUCAGGAGGAUGGAUUAAAUAAAUUGUGAAGAAGCUUUUAGAUGAACAAUCAAAUAAAUUUUUAUUAUUUAAAUCUUAAUUCACAGGUUAGGAAGAUAUAUAUUAAAAUUUCAUCGAUUGCAGAUUUAACAUUUUUAUAAUCAAAUUUUUAAUGUAAUUCUACCGAAUACAAUAAAAUAAUAUAUACACGUUUAAUUAAUAAAUGUAAAAUUACAUAAGCAAUGAUGAAUAGCCAGAGGAAUUGGAUGAAUAAACUCUUUAAAAAAUAAUUGAAAAUAUAUUAAUUUAACAGAAAUAAAAAUUGAAUGCCUUAUUGAACUAAAUGAAAUAAUUACCCGAUGAAUAGAGUAUUAAGAUUGGAUGUAAAAAUUUGUUAGCUUAAAUAAAAUCUGAUUUUUAAUUAAUAAAAGAUGAGAGUAAGUAAUAUAGGAAUCAAGAGCUAAUUCACGAUAUUUUAAAAUUCUUUGCAGAUUCCUAAUAUAUUAUAUUUUAAGUUUAAGAUGAGGCUGAUUAAGUUUUUAAGUUAGAUGAACUUUUAAUUAAAUAUGAAAAUAAAUUUAACGAAAUAAAUAUUAGAAAAGACAAUAUUAAUGAGAAAACUACAUAAGGUGAAUCAAAUCAAAUCAACAAAUUUUAAACUCCUUUUUUGAAUUACGAUAACAAAAAUUUAUAACAAAUUCUAAAAUAAUGUAAUAAAUAUUUUAAAGGCUAUUAAUAAUUAUUAUGUUUUGAAUUAGAUCUAAUUGAAUAAUAAAAGAUUGUUUGGAAUUAAAAGCUAAAAUAAGUUUAAACUGCAUAAGAUUAAUUAAAUUAAGUGCAAAAUAUUAAUCUAUAGAUCUAAAAUAUAAAUAGCAAAAUUGGAAAUUUUUUUAAUUCAAAAGUAAAAUCUUAAAUUGAGUACUUAAUUAGAAGUUUAGCUGAUUAAAAUAAAUAAAAGAUAGAAUAUUUUGUUAUUGAUCUCAAAUUAACAGACUUUUUAUCCUUCUUUUAUUAAUUGUCUCAUAGCGAAUAUGCAAAAGAUUUAAAAGCAGAUAAAGUUAAUGAUUCUAUUUGGUUAAGUAUAAAAGACACAUACAAAGCCACCAAAAAUAAACUUGUUGAACUGUUAGAUUUCAAACCUGAUUAUAAAGUUAGAGAAGGAUUAGCCUAUAACUUAAUAAGACUUUAAUACAGUAUUUAAGAAUAAUAGAUUAAUUAAUUCUCAUGUAAAUAUGUUUAGCAUAUGUGGGUAUUUGAAAAAGAUUAAAGAGUUCGAAAUUUAUUGAAAAAUAAAGAAUUAGUGGAAAUUUAGAAAUAACUGUUUGCUUAAGAUUUUGAUAAUUUUUCAAGUUCAAUAAAAGAUGAACUGAAAGAAAGGUUAUAAAAGUUGGAAAACUUACAACAAUAAAUCAAGCUCGAAGGGAAUUAGUAAAAAAGAGAGCAAAUUUAAUAAUAGCUAAAAGAAACUUAUGAGGAAUUAGAUACAUCAUUAGAUAACAUUUCAGAAUUGUCAGAAGCAAUCGAUAUUAGUUUAGUUUUCCUUAAAGAUAUUUCAAGAGAUGUUAAAUAGAUAAAAACCUAAAUUGAUAAUUUAUAAGAAUCCGUUAAUUAAUUAGGUGAAGAUAUUAGAAAAUUACGUGGAAAAAACUAUAAAGAAUUACUAGAAAUGAGAAAAUAAAAGUUACUAUUAUAAUCAAAACUAACAGAAGUAGACUCAGUAUAUAUAUAACUGGAAACAAUUGAAUAUAAUCCUUUUACUGGAAAGAACAUUCUUUUUGAAAACAAAUUGUCAACAUAUUUAAUGAUGAAUCAAUGGGAUGAUCCAAAAGGAGAAGUUAAUGAAUUUAUUUGGGAAGAAGAAUUAUAAAAAAAUGAAGGAUAAAACGAUUAACAAGAUUAAAAUGAUUAAUAAGAAAAGCCAAAAAAGAAAGAACUAAAAGAUGUUUUGCUAAUUUCAGGAUUUGCUGGUUCUGGCAAAAGCAAGGCAGCCAGAAAAAUAGAAGAAUUUCUUUGGUAAUAAUAAGGGACUCAUUCGAAAUGGAUUCCUAUAUUUGUGUCCCUUCCAACUUUAAAGAAUCCUAAAUAUAAUUUAUUCGAAUAAGCUUUAGAAACUGAAAACUAUUAAUUUGAUAAAUAUUAAAUUAGAGAACUUAAAGAAGCCAUAUAAAAUAAGUAAGAAAAGAUUAUUCUCAUACUGGACAGUUACGAUGAGAUGAAAUAAGAUUGUAUCUAGUAAAAUUUAAUAAAAACUAAUAAAUUGUUUUAAGAUUUAAGUAUUGAUAAAUCUAAUCGUUAAAUGAAAGUAAUUAUUACAACAAGAAAAGAAAUACUUAAUACAGUUGGAUAUUAAACUUGGUUUUAUGGAGAUAGUAUUUAAACCUUGAAAGAAGUUUAAUUGUAAAAUUUUAAUGAAGAAUAGUAGACUGAAUAUUUAAAUUAAUAUGUUGAAUUAAGUAUUAAGAGAAAAAUAAAAGAAGUUUAUGAGUUUGUUAAAUCAAUCUCUGGAUAAAGUUUUGAUUUAGAAGAAUUUCUUACCAUUUGGAAUUUAGUGUCAUAAUAAGCCAAGAAUAGUAUUAAAAAAUCAGAGAUAAGUAAAUAAGAUGGAAUUUUUCAAAACAAAGAGGAAGAGCUAAUAAUUCAAAAAAUAAAAACUCAUAAGAUUUUAGAAGUUUUAAAAGAUGAAUAAACUACUGCAUUACAAAAAGAACUCAUAGCUUUGUGGAAUGCAUAGUAAUUUAAGAAAUCAAUUGAAAGUGUCAAAAUUUAAGAUUUAUUAACUACUCCAUUUAUGCUAGAAAUUGUAGUUUAAGUUUUGCCUAAUAUGACCAAAAUGUACAAAGGGUCAACGUUAAUUAAAGAUAUCUUUGCUUAAAAUUUUAUGAAAUUAAAGAAAUAAGAAAGGGUUUCUAAAUUUCUAAGGGAAUUUUAUCAAAAAGAACUUCAAAUAUCUAAUUAGAAUAAAUAAUAAAAUUUGAUAAGUAUUGAGGAUGAAUAAAUAUCUGCAAAAUAAAUAAAUGAAGAAUAAGAAUAAUCUAAAAUUGAGAAAGCCAAAUUAGAAGAAAUAAUAGAUAAAUUUGAUAAAGAAAAUUUUUUCCAGAAAUAUUCAAUUGUUAGUUCAUUAAAUAAAAUUGAUGAUUGUAUUGUUUUUGAUGGUUAUUCAGUGAAAUUAAAUCCUGAUGAUAUUAAAUUAGUAAUAAUGUCUUUAAAGUUGAAAAAAUUUACAAUUUUUGAAUUUUAUGAGAGUUUUAUUAGCUUUUAUCAUGAGUAAUAAAUUUAAAAAUAAAGAGAACUUGGUAAAAUAUCUAAUUAUGAUAAUUUUGCAUUUGAUAUUUCUUAAUUUUCUUAUUCUUUAGCAAUAGAUAUGUCUCUAAGAGAACUAUCAUAAGUAGCUUAUAAGCCACAAGGAAAGCUUCAACUAGAAAGUAAUUAUAAAAUCAAAUAAACUAUUGAUGAUUGGUUGAAACAAUAUUUUGAUAUUGAAGAUGAGUAUAAGAAACUAAUUAGAAGUUGUAUUUUAUUAAGUGCAAAAGGAAGUACAUAUUCAUUCACACAUAAAUCUAUUUAAGAAUUUUAUGUAGCAAAAUACAUUUUUGAUCUAUUAAUUUCUUUGAAUGAUUUUAAUUUAAAUUCUUCAGAAGUAGAAAAUCAGGACUUGAAGAAAAAUUAAUAAAUAUUAAUUAAUUCUGUCUUUAAUAAUCCAGAUUUUAAUAUAUCCACUGAUAAUUUCAGGAAUGUAAUAAACUUUGUUAAAGAAAAACUAAUUAGUGAUGAAACUAUAACUUAAAAAUUAAUUGAUAUUGUAAAGUUAUCAAAAUCAAAAACAUGUUGUAGAUCAGCAUCUAACAGUAUUUAUUUAUUAAGACAAAUGAAUGUUUAUUUGGGAGGCUAAAACUUUAAUGAAAUAUAAUUAGAUAAUACUAAUAUUUCUGGAUUAAGCUUUUUCGAUUGUGAUUUAAGUUAUUCAAAAUUUAAUAAUGUUGAAAUAAAUUCAUGCAAUCUUAAUUUUGCAGAUUUAUCAAACACUCAAUGGGACAUUGUAUGUAAGGAAAUGGCUUUUCUAAAAGGCCAUAAAGAAAGAAUUCUAGAAAUACGAUUUUCUCCUAAUAGUCAAUAUAUUGCAUCAGCAGGAAUGGAAAACAUAAUAAAAUUAUGGGAUGCCAAAACAUAUAAAUGUAUUGCUAAUCUAGAAGGCCAUACAGCUUAAAUUAAUACAUUAUCAUUUUCAUCUAAAUCCUAAUUUUUGUUUUCAGGAAGCAACGACUGCACCAUUAGAAAAUGGGAUAUAAGAAAUUAGAAAACUGAAAUUAAAAGCUAGAUUAUAUAAAAAUUUAAGGAUUAAAUUUUAAAACUACAAAUAUCUAAAGACUCAUAAAAAUUAUAUGUUUAAGAAAAAAAGGGUUGCUUCUAGAUAUUGAAUUUAUAACAAAAUGAUUUAACCAUAAUUGAUGAUUUGGUUUUCUAAUUAGAAAAACCUUCCAUGUAGUUGUUUGCAUUAAAUCCAAUUGAACCAAUAGUGGCAAUUCUUUAUGAAACAAAUGUGAUAGAAUUUAUUAAUUAUUUAACAAAAACAGAAGUCAGAUCUUAUGCUAUUAUUGAUUCUGUUGAUGAUCCUGUUAGAAGAAUGAUUUUUAGUUAAGAUGGAAAGUAUUUUGCAAUAUCAAGAAAAAAUAGUGCUUAAGUUUGGGAUAUCACCGAAAAUACUAAUGAAAUACUAAGAUAAUUUUCAUUCCCUAAUAUUAUAUUAAAGCAAAUAUACUUUGAUUCUUCAGGUAAAUAUUUGAUUUUUACUACAGAUUUAUUCUUGUUUCAAAGGGAAAUAAUUAAUAAAAAAAUAUAAAAUCAAGAACAAAAAGAAAUAUGCUUUGAGAUUCAAAUUUCUACAGAUGGAAGAUUAACUGCUAUAGUUUAAGAAAAAAAAAUUAUCAUAAAAGAAUUUCUAACAGAUUAUAUUAUAAGAACCCUUCCUUUUAAUUUUUAGCCUGGCUAAAUAAGAUUCUCAAAUGAUAACUCUAAGCUAGCUUUUUUUUUAAAAGAAAACGACAUUAUUAUGCAUUUUCAAAUUUUGGGUGUUAAUAAAUUUGAAAUAAUUUAUGAUCUUCCUUGGAAUAAGCAUCAAUGGAAAGAUCUUAUCUUGUCCAGAAAUUUUGAAAAAUUCAUUAUUAAUUUUUCAAUUUUGGAAAAUUAAGUGAAUUAAUUUGAAGGAUCUCUAAUAAUAGAAAAAAUAUAGAAAGAUCCAAAAAAUAGAUAAUAUAAUUUAAACAUGGAAAAGUUUUGUAUUAAAGCAAAUAGUUGGAUUAUUGCUUACACUAAUUCUUAAGCCAAUUCAAUUGCUAUUUUUGAUUUAGAUAAAAGUGAAUUAAUUCAUGAACCUCUUUAAAAUGAAAAAAAAGAAAUAUUAAGCUUUUAAUUUUCACCUAUUAAAAAUUAAAUUGCUGUUGGAUACAAAGGAGAAUUUUUAAUUUGGAAUUUGGAUUAAAAAAAAUGCUUUGUAGAAAAAAGAAUUAUUUUAGAGAAUUUAGAUAUUUUAAAUCUUAAGUACUCUACAAACGGUUCAAAAAUAGGAUUCAUUUUUACAGAUUCAUUUUAAAUAUAUGAUUUAGAUAGAGAGUCAUUAAUUCUAUUUGAAGAAAAGUUUAAACCAAAAACUGUGGCAUUUUCAUUAGAUGACAAAGUAAUUGGAUUCAUAGAUGAUAAUUAAUAAGUAAUUAUAUAGAAUUAGAAUAAUGAAAUAAAAAAAUUAGAAUUUGAUAAUCAAUUGUAAUUAAAAUUUAAUUAAGAUUAAAAGUCUAUAAUUAUUGGAGGGAAUAAUAAACUUAUUUUGUUGGAUUUAACUACUCUUUAAUUUAAAAUAGAAUAGUUAACGUUUAUAAAGUUUGAGUAUAUCACGUUUUCUCAUACUUUAAAUUUAAUCGCAUUACAUAAAGAUAGAAUCUUAGAGUUAUGGAUGCUGUAGGAUCAUAAAUUUAAAUAUUUAGGAUCAUAAUUAUAUGAUUAAGCUAUAAAAUAAAUAGAUUUUGUUAAUGAAGAUCAAAAUAUAAUAAUUUUAAAAUAGGAUUUGGAACUUGUCAUUUAUGAUUUAAAAUAAAUUUAAUUUAAUUACAUAUUUGAAGGAAACUUUCAAUGUGGGGCAUUUUCAACUUUUGAUUAGAUUGCUUUGGCUCAAGAUAAACAAAUUAAACUAUUUAAUUCUCAAACAUAAAAAUAGGAUUCAUUAGAAGUAGAAAAAAUCUAAUAUUUGGAGUUUUUUCAAAGCAAAUAAAAUUUAUUGUUAUCUAUUUCUAAUCAUGAAAUUAUUAUUUGGGAUUUCAUACUCAAUAUCUAAAUUAAAAAUGUUUAAAUUUUGAAAUAAACUUAAUCGAAAUUAUGUUUAAAUGAAGAAUUAAUCAUUACUUAAGAUCAAAAUAUUAUUAUGAUUUGGGAUAUCAGUGAUAUUGAAAAUAUUUAACUCCGUGGAUUACACGAAAAUAUUUACUCUUUUUCUAUCAAUGAAGGUUAAAAAUUAGCAGUCGGAAUAAAAGACGGUUAAGAGAUCAAAAUUUAAGAUCUCUUUAAUAUAUAAUUUGGACUUACUAUGAAUAUGAAAUAAGAAAUUUUGAAGCUAGUUAUUAAUGAUGUCCAAUAAUUUUAUAUUUUUUUAACAGAUAAGGAUAGGCUUUAUAUUUAUUAGGAAAACAAAAAAAAAAUAAUUGAAUUGCACAAUUAUGUUAGUUAAUUUGCUUAUUAUUAAGAAAAGAAUUAUAUAGCAAUUAUUCAAGGAAAAAAGAUUUUACUAACUGAAUUAUUGAAUGAUAAAUUGAAUAUCAUAAAUACUUUUGAUUUUUUGAGAAAUUUAAAUCCAAAUGAUCUUCCUACUUUUUCAAAUGAUGGAGAUUAUUUAUUAAUUUAUCAAUCUGCUAAUUUAAUAUGUUUAUUGUCAACUACAAGCAGUAAGAAAUAAAUUUGUAAGGUAUUACAUUUCUCAGAAGCUACUAAUUCUAAUGUUCCUAAAAAAGUCUAAGUUUAUACAAAUUAAGAAAUAUCUAAUAACUAGCUUCUCUUAGCCCUAAUGAAUAGCAACUCAUUUAAGCUUAUAGAUGUUGAAAAAGUUAACAAACCAUUUUUAAUAGAAGCUGAUUCUUUAUUGCAAUUUGAGUUGAGUUUAGAUGAAGAAAUCGUUUGUUUAGGUUUAAAGUAAGUUAUAAUAAUCUAAUAUACUAAUGUUUUUAAUAUAUAAAUGCCAAAAAUUUUGUUCCACUUAAAUCACUAAAAAUUUUUUAAGGCAGUUAGUUAUGAUACAUUUGUCUAUCUGAAUAAGAAGAAUCGAGUCAAUUUGUUUUCAGCCUCAGAUUAAUCUCAUACUAAAAUAGAUAUCCCUAUUGAUAAAAUAGUUGGGAUUGAUUAUUUAUAAUAUAAAGACCGGUUAGCAAUAAGCACUGAAAUGAAUAAAAUAAUAUUUUUUGAUUUAAAAGAAAAAAAAAUUGUUGGAUUCUUAAAAGCACAAUAAAAAUAAAUUAAUUCUGUGGCAGAAUCCCCUGAUGGAAGUGCUUUUGCAUCUGCAAGUGAUGAUUUAUUGAUAAAACUAUGGAAUAUUAAAUAAAAUCAAUCUUCAGAAGUGAUGGAAGCUCAUUAAUAUUCGAUAAGUGCAUUAGCUAUAUCUUAAGAUGGUUAAAUUGUUGCAUCUGGGAAUUUAAAAGGUGUAGAAGAAGAAGUUCCUAUUUUUCUUUGGGAUCUUACAAAUAAAAAAUUAAUUAAGAAACUUCAAAGACAUUAAGAUUCUGUUAAUUGUAUAGAAAUUUCAUUCUGUUAAUAAUUAUUAUUUUCUGCUAGCAUUGAUGGAACUAUAAUUGUUUGGAAUAUUGAAUAUCCAUAAGUAGCAAAAAUGUUAUAUUGUAUUGAUGAAUUCAAUUAUUCUAUAAAUUCUCUAAUAAUAACCCAAACAACUUAAGCAUUCGUAGCACUUUGCAAUUUAGAUAAUAUAUAAAAAUUGAGCAUAGAGUCAAUUAAAAAAUAAAAAGAAACUAGUACGACUAUAAAAAUAAAAAAUCUUUUAACAAGUGAAGACUUUAUUUUAUAAAAUUAUAGCUUUUAGACAGUUGAUAAGUUUAUUUAUGUUUCUGAAAAAAGUAGAUUAGUUAUGCUUAAUAUUGAAACAAAAAAUUAAGAGACCUUUAAAAAAGAAUAUGUAACUUAAUUUAUUACUUCAAAAGAUAAUAGUCUGAUUUUAGCUCAAACUGGGUAUGGAUUAAUAUUUUCUUUGAAAAAGAACACUAAAAAUUAAUGGAUAAAACAAGAUUUAUUAUUAUUUUCCAAUCAAACAUUUUUUAUGUUAACUCCUAAUAAUAAAUUUUUAUUUUAAAUGCUGGAUAUAAAAUAAUCUGGUUAGGAUAUUAUUCAUACAAAAAUACUGAUACAUGAUUUUAAUAAAUUAAAUUCUUAUUUUGGAGACUUAGUAUAAUCUCAUAUAUUUAGGGAAUUUGAAAAUAGGGUGUGUAAAUUGAUGAAAGACAUGUUAAUAUCAAUUUAAAAUACAGAAAUACAAAUAGAAAUUAUUAAGGAAAAAAAAAUACUCAAGAAAAUUUAAGGAUGUUCAAAUCCAAAAAGUAUUUAAGUAUCUGAAGAUCGCAAAUAUUUGGCUUACAAUAAUGAACUUGAAUAAAAAAUAAUAAUAUGGGAGAUGGAUGAUCCAAAUAAAAUUAUACAAUUGGGUUUAACGAAUGAAAAUUUAAUAAUGUUUUAAUUUUCUAGUAAUGACUCAAAUAAAAUAUAUGCUUUGUAUCUUUCAGGGAUUCUAAGAAAUUGGAAUGUAGCAACUCAAAGUUCCCUAUUGAUUGAGAUUUCAUUUGGAUUAAAAUAAUACAAAUACUUUUAUUUUUCUAGCAACCUUAAAUAUUUAAUAUGCCAAAAUGAAGCAAAAAAAAUAGAUGUUUUUGAAAUAGCAAACUCUAAUAAGUAUUUUGAGAUCAGUGUUCAUGAUAUUUAAAGGACUGCUUUUUCCAAAAAUGAGGAAUAAUUCGCACUGGCAAUAGUGUAAGAAGAAGAUUUUAUAAUUUUAAAAAAUGUAAAAGUUUAAAGCUAAAUUAAUUGGAUCAAUGUAAAAUUUAUAAAUUCGCAUAUUUCUUUUACAAAUAAUGAUUAAGAAUUGAUAUGUUGCUCUGGAAAAUCUAUAUAUUUAUGGAGGAUAAAUGAAUCCCUACAACAUGUUUUAAUUGGAUUUUGGUAGAUAAAUACUUAUGGUUUUGAAUAAGUUUGUUAUGAUUGUUAAAAAUAAACAAUAAUAAUUUAAAAUUUUUCAGGAAUUGAGGAAUAUAAAUUAAUUUAAUCAGUUCAAGCAUUAAGUCAGGAAGUGUUUGAGAAUCUCAAUAAUUAAAAGUCUGUUUGCUUUUCCCCUGAUAGUAAAUAUUUUAUUCAUUUGAAUCCCUACUUAAGGAUUUAUCAAGUGGAUAAUCUUAAAAUGUUAAUUGAAAACAAAGAUUUUGAAGGAUAAUCUAUUUAAUUUUAAUAAAAUGAAAUUUUAGUAAUUGCACACAAUUAAGAACUAUAGUUUCUCAACAUUACUGAUAUUAAUAAAAUAGUAGAGAUUAAAAAAAUAAACUAUCUAAAUUAGAUAUUUGACUUUACUUUAAGUUAAAAUUAUUCAUUAAUAUAAUUCAAAAAUAACAAUUAAGAUUAAGAAAAGGAGCUUGAUCAAGCCAUAUUAAAUAAAGUAUACUUAAACGAUUGUACUCUUUUGGCCAUUUUUUAUACUAAUAGAAAACCACAAUUUAGUGAAGAUGGGAAGUAUCUUGCAUUGAAUAGGUCAAACAAGAUACAAAUCAUACAGAUUUAAAAUUUAUAAAAACUAAAGUUAGAAUAAACUUUAUUUUUAGAUAAGAAAUGUAAUUACGGGUAGAUAUUUUAUCAUCCUGAUGGAGAAUUAAUAUUCUUAUUUACAAAUCAGAGUAUUUCUAUUUUAGAUUCUCAUACUUUGAAAAUAAUUAAAUAAUAGGUGAUAGAUUUUGAAGUAAAAGAGGUUUAAAUUUCUAUGAAUUGGAAAUACUUUGCUUUAAUGGGUUCAAAUUUUUUUGUGAAGAUUUUUUUAUACCUCAAUUAAGAGGAGAUUACAUUUUAACAGCCAAUUAAUUAAAAUCAAAAUCCAAUUAAUUGUAUUGCUUUAUCUCCAAAAGGAGAUUUCCUCUUGACUGGUUGGCAAAAUUAAGAAAAUUUCACAAAUUUGAUUUCCUUAUGGAAAUUAGAAGAAGGUAAAGAAUUAUGUUCAAAUGAUUAAAUAACUGAUUAAGUUAAAAUUCUUAAAUUUUGCCCAAACGGAAUCAAUUUUGUAGCAGGUUUAUCAGAUGGAUCGGUUAAUUUAUAUUCUAUUGACUUAAGAUAACUCAGAUAAAAGUAGUAAGAUUAAUACAAUAUAUGUUGUUAUUAAACGUUUGCCAAAUAAUCAUUAUUGUUGGCUCAAGAAUGUAAUUUAACAUAAGCAACCAUUUAAUCAGAAGAAAAAUCACUCAUAGAACUUUUUUGCUAAAAAGGGGCCAUAAAAACAUAAUUGAAAGAGAAUUUGAAAUAAAAAUUAUAAGAUUAUAAAAGUUUAAUCAUUUCAUAUAUUUAUUUAUUUUCUGUUUAAUUAAUUAAAUAAAAUAUUUCAAAAUUAUUUUAUUAUAAUUUUUAUAAUUUAUUUUUUGAUUUGAAUUAAGAAUUCCAGCCAAGGAUAUUUAACCAGACUAAAAAUUAUUAUAAAAUCACGUAUUGA